GAGACGUGAACGCGCGCGCGCGUGCGUGCAAGCGUGUGUGUGCGCGCGUGCGCGGCGCGGGCUUCGGAGGGAGUACGUCACUUCCUGUUGCCUUAGGGGAACGUGGCUUUCCCUGCAGAGCCUGUGUCUCCGUCUGCGUCCCUGCUGCAGAAACCGGAACUGGAGUCGGAUCCCGAACGCACCCUCGCCAUGGACUCGGCCCUCAGCGAUCCGCAUAACGGCAGCGCCGAGGCAGGCGGCCCCACCAACAGCACUACGCGGCCGCCUUCCACGCCCGAGGGCAUCGCGCUGGCCUACGGCAGCCUCCUGCUCAUGGCGCUGCUGCCCAUCUUCUUCGGCGCCCUGCGCUCCGUACGCUGCGCCCGUGGCAAGAAUGCUUCGGACAUGCCUGAAACAAUCACCAGCCGGGAUGCCGCCCGCUUCCCCAUCAUCGCCAGCUGCACACUCUUGGGGCUCUACCUCUUUUUCAAAAUAUUCUCCCAGGAGUACAUCAACCUCCUGCUGUCCAUGUAUUUCUUCGUGCUGGGAAUCCUGGCCCUGUCCCACACCAUCAGCCCCUUCAUGAAUAAGUUUUUUCCAGCCAGCUUUCCAAAUCGACAGUACCAGCUGCUCUUCACACAGGGUUCUGGGGAAAACAAGGAAGAGAUCAUCAAUUAUGAAUUUGACACCAAGGACCUGGUGUGCCUGGGCCUGAGCAGCAUCGUUGGCGUCUGGUACCUGCUGAGGAAGCACUGGAUUGCCAACAACCUUUUUGGCCUGGCCUUCUCCCUUAAUGGAGUAGAGCUCCUGCACCUCAACAAUGUCAGCACUGGCUGCAUCCUGCUGGGUGGACUCUUCAUCUACGAUGUCUUCUGGGUAUUUGGCACCAAUGUGAUGGUGACAGUGGCCAAGUCCUUCGAGGCACCAAUAAAAUUGGUGUUUCCCCAGGAUCUGCUGGAGAAAGGCCUCGAAGCAAACAACUUUGCCAUGCUGGGACUUGGAGAUGUCGUCAUUCCAGGGAUCUUCAUUGCCUUGCUGCUGCGCUUUGACAUCAGCUUGAAGAAGAAUACCCACACCUACUUCUACACCAGCUUUGCAGCCUACAUCUUUGGCCUGGGCCUUACCAUCUUCAUCAUGCACAUCUUCAAGCAUGCUCAGCCUGCCCUCCUAUACCUGGUCCCCGCCUGCAUCGGUUUUCCUGUCCUGGUGGCGCUGGCCAAGGGAGAAGUGACAGAGAUGUUCAGAUGGUGGCAUUCUUGGAGCAUUCUGCACCUUGGGUUUCUACGCUACGAGUCCUCGGCGGAAAUCCUGCCUCAUACCCCGAGGCUCACCCACUUCCCCACAGUCUCGGGCUCCCCAGCCAGCCUGGCCGACUCCAUGCAGCAGAAGCUAGCUGGCCCUCGCCGCCGGCGCCCGCAGAAUCCCAGCGCCAUUUAUGAGGAGUCAAAUCCUAAGGAUCCAGCGGCAGUGACAGAAUCCAAAGAGGGAACAGAGGCAUCAGCAUCGAAGGGGCUGGAGAAGAAAGAGAAAUGAUGCGGCUGGUGCCCGAGCCUCUCAGGGCCAGACCAGACAGAAUGGGGGCUGGGCCCACACAGGCGUGCACGGGCAGAGGGCACAGGAGGCCGAGGGCAGCUCCAGGACAGGGCAGGGGCAGCAGGAUAACUCCAGCCAGGCCUCUGUGGCCUCUGUUUCCCUCUCCCUUUCUUGGCCCUCCUCUGCUCCUCCCCACACCCUGCAGGCAAAAGAAACCCCCAGCUUCCCCCCUCCCCGGGAGCCGGGUGGGAAAAGUGGCUGUGAUUUUUAGAUUUUGUAUUGUGGACUGAUUUUGCCUCACAUUAAAAACUCAUCCCAUGGCCAGGGUGGGCCACUGUG